CCAACACUGGCUCUGACUGAGUUUUGUUUAUUCGAUAUAUACAGCGUGCGCUCGCUCGUUAAAUAAAUAAAAUAAUGUAACCCGGAGUAAUGUAACCAUUGCCAAUCGCUACCCCUCCAAUUGUUGUGUUAACUUCCCGCGAAAAAAGGAACAUCAAGGCAGCCCAAAGGGCCUCUGCAGAGAAUCUCCAGCAUAUCACGGAUUUGCAGCGAACCCACUCCACAGACGAUAGUACAUACUUGUAUGUUUGCGCUGGGCUUACACAAAUGCUUUAUUUGCACAAAACCUUGUGAUAAUCAGGUCAAGAUCUGAGGAGAAAAGUGUACGAUUUGCAGAUGGCUUCCAACUCGACGAAGAAAAGCAAGAACACCGGUAUGCGCAUACUGUGGAUACCGGGUCGGAAGUCGCAUUCCAAGGGCCGCUUCAAUACCACCAACAAACAGAUCUCGUACUCGGGUCCGCAGAAAAAGAGCGAAGUGUGGUCCCUGGGCGGCAGCAAGGCACAGUCCGAGCUGAUUGACUUUCCCUCCCCCGAUAUAUCCGGCACUUCCCCAUCCUCGUCGCUGAGCAUUGUGGCUACCUGCUCCAUGGUGCAGGGGACCUCGACCAGCGAAAGAGCCUCCUCUGAUGACCUGGGCAUCGUUUCGGAGACUGGCACACUGCCCACCACGCCGUUGAGCACCAACUCGCCGAUCCUGAACAGUCCCACUUCCGAGACGGCCUCAGCCUCCACGCGCGUCAUGACUUCGCCGAAUGUCAUCACCACCGUUGUAAUACAGGACUUGCACAAUUUCGUGAGUCCCGACGACUUGCCCAAAGUGCCAGCCAUCCAAUCGCAGGAAACCGAGGUGGUGCUAAACAGCUCGGCGGGAACCACAGCCUCGAUAGCCACCACCUCUUCGCCCAUGGCCAACCACAAGCAGGGAUCCCCACCGGCAAACCAUUCCCAGCAAACCACUCCACAGAAGAGUAGAUAUAAGAAUCACAACAAUAACCAGGAGGAUAUCAACUCGAUCGAAAGCAUUUCCAGUUUCCCGAGGUUUCAGGGCAACGCCACCGACUUCGAUUGGAUCGACGACAUGGUGCAGCAGCGCAACUGCAACGAGGUGAUGCACAAAAACAAGAGGAAGAAGUCCAAGAAGGUCGAGGGCCUGGAGGCCGAUCAACUGGACGGGAAGCUCUUUGGCUACGACAAUGACAAGGCUAAAUUGAAUGGCAAGGAUGACGGCGACAAGGACGAAAAGGUCGUCAAAUGCUUGUACUACUCACUCAUGUGCUGCGACUGUACUAUAUCUUGAAUUAUGGAUCGUCCGAAACGAAUCCGCGUCCAUGUAAAAUACCUCUCAACCUCCUAUGUAAAAAUAUACAUAUUCGAUUUUGUAUACUUUAGCCAACGCAGCUAUACACAAUAAGACACAGAAGAAUACCGAAGUAUUACCGAAUUUAUAAUGAUUUACAUGGAACUAACAUUAUGAACAUUCGAAUAAAUGUCGAAAUCUAAAUACCACUACAGCUAUUUGUAGUGUACUCUUGGUUUGAACUUGAAAUAAGUGAUCGAAACAUAUGUAUAUUAUUUAGAUAUUUUGUAUUUUUGUAAAUAAAAUAUUUUCUAUCAACAGAA